GCAACCAGCGUGGUGAAGGCCGACAAAAAAUCGCGGAAACGCACUCCGUCAUUGCCCCGCCACGCCCGCCACACUUCGCGGGGCUUGACUCAACCCCAAAUUCCCCAUCAUGAACACCAAUUUCACAUGUGAUUCUGGCGAGCCAAUGUUGCCAACUCUACACCAUGGAUGCACUCGCGUACCAGUGACAGCACUGGCCUCUUGCGGCGCUCUGUUGAUCGCUGGAGAAGGCCCCUUUUUACGCUUCCAUCAUGCCAGGGACUCGCGGUACAUUUCUUCGGAGCGCGUCUUCAAAGCUCAAGCAAUCCAUGGAAUACGCGUCUUUUCUGAAGAGCGUGCUCAUGUUAUCAAACUAGUCAUCUGGGGUGGAAGGCUGGUCCGCGCCCUCGAGAUUGACUUUGCAGGUCAAGUUGGCCAAGAAGGCCUGAGCCUAUGUUUCUCCAACGUCGCGAAGGCUUCAGAUUGGAUUCUUGAUCUCGCUCCUCGGCCCAAAGGCCUGGAUAACGAUGCUCAAUACCACAAAGGAUCCUGCAUUGCUGUCACUGCUCAUAACGCACUGCUACACGUGGAGAUUGAACAAAGGACGUCGGACGACAUCCACAUGACUAAUCAUAUCGAUGUAGCUGUAUCUGAUCUUACUUCAAGUUCUCGAUCGAUCCUCUACUCCGCUCACCUGUUCUGGGAGGAUCUAAACCGGGUUCUCGUUGCUGCUGGUACAGCAUUCGGCGAAAUUAUAUACUGGUCAUGGUGUGACAAUAGCGGCGGUGGAUCGGCCUCCCGUAUCCAUCGCGUCUUUUUGGGUCACGAGGGCUCAAUUUUUGGGGUCCAGAUUUCGGAAGAGCUACCGACCGAAUGUUGUCAAAGACUGAGGCGGGUAGUAGCAAGCUGCAGCGAUGACCGCACAAUCCGAAUAUGGGACGUCUCAGAUGUGAGCACUAGUGCCACUACCUCGCAAGCUCACAGUAAUGACUUGGAGGUUCUGAGAACUCGUCAUACCGGCUUCACUAACGAAGCUUUCGACUCGGAUGAGUUUAAUAGCUCGAGCUGUCUCGCCAUCGGGUGGGGUCAUCUUUCACGCGUUUGGACGGUCCGCUUUCUCGAAGCAUCGCCAUGCAAUGGAUCGUUGUUACUCCAGUCUGCCGGUGAAGAUGCAACUGCAAGGACGUGGGAACUUACGCCAAACCCUGGAGGUAGCGCGAGCUUUCCUUACAGGUUGCUAGAACUUGACUGCGCCGCGCAUCAUAGUGGAAAGAACAUGUGGUCGACUGUUGUUUCCAAUGACUCAGCAGGAAUACAGCAGGUUAUUGCUGGUGGCGCUGAUAGUAAAGUCACCGCUACCCCGUUGUUCCGCGUUCUGCAGGCAGAGAAGAACUUACGUGGUGCGAUCGCUGAGUAUACCGUAAACGACAUACUGUCAUGGGCGCAAGUGGCCGAACCUGAUCAAAACAGGGCUGAACCUGUGGACCGCCCAAAGUCUUCAAGGAAAGCAGAGUUCUUCAGGAGCUAUUGCUUUGUCGAUGAGACCUCAUUUUUGCUUACUACUAACUCUGGAAACGUACUUAUCGGCGCCAUUUCGUCCAAGACAGCCCCCGGUCAGUCAAGCCUCCUCGCCAACUCAACGUUACUCGAUCAACUGAAAGAUCUUUCUGGUUAUUCUGUCUGCACGAGUGGUUCCUGUCCUGGUUUCGCUUACAUCGCUGGUAACAGCGGCAACAUCUACGUGUAUAGUAAGGAGUCAAAGACCUUGGCAAACUUGCAUGCCAUUGGUAGCAAAAUCGGGGAUAUUUUCGCUACGGAGGUAUCAGACACGGAUGGUCCAAAUACGACGGUGUUACUUGUGACCCUUGUUGGUCAAGGUGAAGCGCAAUUGUUAUACGUGGACCCUGAUAGCAACACGAACAUUAUAAGAGUUGUGCAGAUACCCAUGGCGGAAUCUUCGACCGGCUCGGUUAUCACGAGUAUGACUUAUGCAAGAAUACCCAGCAGAGACUUUGUCAUCGUUGGGUUCCGUCGGGGUUCGAUCGCACUGUAUGAAAUCCGUAAAGAUGAGGGAGGCACUGACGUUGCUACCUUGCUCCGGACCAUCGAGAAAGCACACGGUGCGGAAGCAGUCACUUCUCUUACAUGGUGUCCAUUAUCUGGAGGCUCCGUGGGCUCCGUACACGGCCACCUGUUCUCCGUAGGAAGAGAUGGGCGUCUCAGCGUACACCAAUUCGAUGCAUCUGCAAACGUUGUCGAGUUGGUGCAUGAUCUUGCGCUACCAUUUGGACCAAACAUUGAAGGUUUAUACUUCCAGGACGAUCAUCUCUUCAUACACGGCUUCUCAAGCAAAAAAUGGUAUCUCUAUAAUGUCACUGAUGAAGAGGAAGUCAUGAGUAUCGAUACCGGAGGAGCGCAUAGAAGUUGGGCCUUCCGGCCACACUCGUCGCUAGGAGGUACCCUAGUGUGGACUCGAGCCUCUAGUAUGCAUAUAUGCAGUCAGAACGGAUCAAAUCAUACUGUCGUUCGACGAGGUGGUCAUGGACGCGAGAUCAAGGCGGUCGCAGUUUCAUCGGAGAUGAACGGUAGAUCUCACCCACUCAUCGCCACAGGCGCUGAGGAUACUGAUAUUAAGAUAUUCCACCAUAUUGAGGAUGAUCUGAUAUGCCAAAGAACUAUUCGCAAGCACACCACAGGGAUCCAGCAUCUGCAAUGGUCGCAGAACGGUGACUAUCUGUUCAGCAGUGGGGGCUGUGAAGAAUUCUAUAUUUGGCGGAUUCGGGACUUACCCACAUCCGCCCUUGACAUCGGAGUCGUGUGCGAACAUGUGUACACGCCAGAAAGUGAGCAUGCAGAUUUGAGACUCAUGUCUUUCGAUGCGACCAUAUCGGGAUUCGCACAUAUUAUCACGAUGGUGUUCUCAGAUUCCAGCAUCAAGGUCUAUCGUUAUGAUCCUGCCGCUGCUGUCACAUGGCAACCUCUUGGAAAGGGUCUUUACUUUACAUCCUGUUUGACACAGUGCAUGUUCCUCUCUAGAGAAAAGGUCUUGACAGCUGGUACCGAUGGCCAUACCGUAGUAUGGCCGCUAAUGGCAGAAACCGAACCAUCGGUUGGGGAAUCCACUAGGUCAAAUGUUCAAUUGACAUGGCACCAUCCGGCAAGGAUACAUCAAAACUCAUCGAAAGCUAUGACAUUUUGCCCCAUCGAUGCGGAUACAUGGCUCAUCGUAUCCGGUGGUGACGAUGGCAGUCUGGCGUGUAUACUCGCACGGUCUACGUCUUCGCAUUCAUCGACUUCGCCUGCGACAGCCUAUGCUUCGUCACCAAUCCUCUUCAAUCGCGCACAUGGCUCUGCUGUAACGUCAUGCGCUCUCUUCAGACACAAAUCACGCAUCUUUCUUGUCACAUCAGGCAACGACGAGUGGAUUAGACUGUGGCAGAUUGUACUGCGGAAGACUAACUAUGAAGCUGGAUCUGAAACUGCAGCAGAGCAUGAAGGUGCUCUGAUGGUCCAGAGAUUGAAUAGAAUCAAGACCAAUGUUGCAGAUGCGUCUAGUAUGGCGGUGCUUGAUGAAGGCAAUGGUGGUGGCGAUGCGAGGGUGCUGGUCUGUGGCGUCGGCAUGGAAGUCAUACGUAUAGCUUUGGAUGGGUGAUGCACAAUCGAUAGGCAUGAUCAUUA